CUUCCGGGUUGCCGGCCUGCGGCCUCUUGGGGCCUCCGAGCCGCAAGAAUUCCUCGAAGUUUUUCCUAGAACCUCACACUCUUUAAGUGCUCUCUGGGCGACCAGGAGGAGGCCUACUUGCCACAACUGCUGCUGGGCAGCUGUCUUCUGGAAUGUCGCGGGGCUGGGACCUUCCGCACCCCAGAGGCCCCAGCACCAUCGGAAAUACUGGGAGAGCUUGUAUGAGUGUUCCUAGCCCGAACUCAGGGCUAGUGUCUUUCAGGGCAGCGUUUUCAAAUGUGUUCUUUGUUGGUUUGGUUUGGGUUUUAAAUAUUUUUGAAGAUAUUUGGAUCGGUUUGGGCGAACGGCUUCAGUUAUAAAAUGAACGAGAGGGCUGGAGAGGGUAGAUAAUUUGGAAAAUGAGGAGAAGCCUUAUUCUUCGCUGUUAUCUGAUACAACCUUGUGUCUGGGCACACUUUUCUGUGAGACUCUAAUUAUUCUAACCAGCCGAGUUCGUUGAUUCGGUGUGCAAAAAAUCAUGAAUUGAAUGAUGUCAUAAAAUUCAAUACUGCUUUUUACAGUCCUGGUUAAGAAUUCUGUUCUUCAGUAGCCUUCAGUCCCAACAUUUCUUUUGUUCACAAAAAAAAUUUUUUUUCCUCCUGCAACCGCUUUUUUACAUACAAAUCUCCAAAAUCCUCUAUCUUUUCUCUCUUUUAUCAUCGGUAAUUAUGAUAGUUUUUAGUGCCCUUUAACCUGUUGGCAACAAGCAAAAGAAACUUAUUCUAGCUUACUACUGUUUCAUUCUCAGAUUCCAUUUAAUCAUAGGGAGAAAUUAAAGUCAAGGCCCAGAUCACAGGGGACCCAGGCACAUCCCUAUAGCUGAACAGCUUCAGUUGCAAACAGUUGCGUCCAGCCAUUUCAACGACAACUUUUCCAUCUUGCAGGGUCAACCAAGUUCAUGAUGCCAGGUGUAGGAACGAACAAGUAUCCCACUUCUCCAAAUGUUUUCUUAAUCGUCUGUUAACCAGUAAAGAAUAUAGAAAUUGCUGUUAUCUAAACCAAGGUGGAGAUGUAGAACUCAGCUCCUCCUGCACCAUGUCUUCCUGGAUGCUGCCAUGCUCCUGCCUUGAUGAUAAUGGACUGAACCUCUGAACCUGCCCAGCUGUGAGCACGUUAUGCUGCUGGGUGAGAGCUCCACUUCUGUUUUUCAGUCCAGAAAUGAACACAGAAGCCGAGCAGCAGCUUCUCCAUCACGCCAGGAAUGGCAAUGCUGAAGAAGUGAGGAAGCUGCUGGAAGCCAUGGCGCGGGCUGAAGUGGUCGCUGACAUUGACUGUAAAGGAAGAAGUAAGUCUAACUUGGGCUGGACACCUCUUCAUCUGGCAUGCUAUUUUGGACACAAACAAGUGGUCCAGGAUCUGUUGAAGGCUGGUGCCAAAGUGAACAUGUUAAAUGACUUGGGGGACACGCCGCUGCACCGAGCUGCCUUCACAGGACGAAAGGAGCUAGUAAUGCUUCUUUUAGAAUAUAAUGCUGACACUACUGUCGUAAAUGGAAGUGGACAGACAGCAAAAGAAGCCACCCAUGACAAAGAAAUCAGACAAAUGCUUGAAGCUGUGGAAAGGACUCAACAAAGAAAGCUUGAAGAAUUGCUUCUAGGAGCAGCUAGAGAAGGAAGAACAGCUGAAGUGUCAGCUCUGCUCAGCAGGCCCAAUCCUCCUGAUGUGAACUGCUCAGAUCAGUUAGGAAAUACUCCCUUGCACUGUGCAGCCUACCGGGCCCACAAGCAGUGUGUCUUAAAGCUUCUGAGAAGUGGAGCUGACCCCAGCCUGAAGAACAAGAACGAUCAGAAACCUCUUGACCUUGCCCAUGGCACUGAAAUGAAACAUAUCCUUGUUGGUAAUAAGCAGGUUGUCCACAAAGCCCUGAAACGCUUUGAAGGCCCUCUCUGGAAGAGUUCAAGAUUUUUUGGCUGGAAGUUAUUCUGGGUAGUGUUAGAACACGGCGUCCUUUCCUGGUACAGGAAGCAGCCUGAUGCAGUCCAUAAUUCUUACCGCCAAGGAUGCAAACACCUGACUCAAGCGGUGUGCACGGUGAAACCUACAGAUGGCUGCCUCUUCUCUGUCCGAUGCUUUGAUGACACCGUUCAUGGCUUUCGGGUUCCUAAGAACAGCCUACAGCAAUCGAGAGAGAAGUGGCUGGAAGCAAUUGAAGAACAUUCCGCAUACAGCACUCACUACUGCUCCCAGGAUCAGGUGACUGAUGAUGAAGAGGAAGAUGUAGCUUCCGCCAUGGACCUGAAGGAGUCCUUAGCGAGAGCACAAACAUGUCAACAGAGACUAGAUAAAGAAAUUUACAACUUUCUCAAAAUGAUUAAGGAGUGCGAUGUGGCCAAAGAUAUGCUUCCAUCAUUUCUUCAGAAAGCUGACGUGCUCUCCGAAGCUUCUAGAGAGACUUGUGUGGCGCUGAGUGACUGUCUUAAUCUCUUCACUAAACAGGAAGGGGUAAGGAAUUUUAAAUUGGAACAGGAGCAAGAAAAAAACAAAAUUUUGUCAGAAGCGCUGGAGACUUUAGCCACUGAGCAUCAUGAACUAGAACGAUCCCUGGUUGAAGGAUCUCCGCCGGUCAGCAUCCUUAGUGAGGACGAGUUCUAUGAUGCACUGUCAGGGUCCGAGUCCGAGGGGUCGCUGACUUGUCUGGAAGCUGUGACAGCACGCGCCUUUGAAGAGAACGAAGUGCCUGCGAACAGCGGGAAGCACAGAAUGUCCGAAGGGAAGGACUGUGGCGGAGGAGAUGCGCUCUCCAACGGCAUUAAAAAGCACAGAACAAGCCUGCCAUCACCCAUGUUCUCCAGAAAUGACUUCAGCAUCUGGAGCAUCCUCAGGAAAUGCAUUGGGAUGGAACUGUCCAAGAUCACAAUGCCAGUCAUCUUUAAUGAGCCUCUGAGCUUCCUGCAGCGGCUGACUGAGUACAUGGAGCACACUUACCUCAUCCACAAAGCCAGCUCAUUCUCUGAUCCUGUGGAAAGGAUGCAGUGUGUGGCUGCAUUUGCUGUGUCUGCCGUUGCUUCUCAGUGGGAGCGCACUGGGAAACCCUUCAACCCACUUCUGGGAGAGACUUACGAAUUAGUUCGAGAUGACCUUGGAUUUAGGCUCAUCUCAGAGCAGGUCAGCCACCACCCCCCCAUCAGUGCAUUCCAUGCAGAAGGACUCAACAACGAUUUCAUCUUCCAUGGCUCAAUUUACCCCAAGCUGAAGUUCUGGGGCAAGAGUGUAGAAGCAGAACCUAAAGGGACCAUCACCUUGGAGCUUUUAGAACACAACGAAGCAUACACAUGGACAAACCCCACCUGCUGUGUGCAUAACAUCAUCGUGGGCAAACUCUGGAUCGAACAGUAUGGCAAUGUGGAAAUCAUAAACCACAAGACUGGGGACAAGUGUGUGUUGAAUUUUAAGCCAUGUGGUCUUUUUGGCAAGGAAUUACACAAAGUUGAAGGCUACAUACAAGAUAAAAGCAAAAAGAAACUCUGUGCUCUCUACGGGAAGUGGACCGAGUGCUUGUACAGUGUAGACCCUGCCACUUUUGACGCUUACAAAAAAAACGAUAAGAAAAACACAGAAGAGAAGAAGAACAGCAAACAGGCAAGCGCAUCUGAGGAGUCUGACGAAAUGCCAGUGCCGGACUCUGAGAGCGUAUUUGUUAUUCCUGGCAGUGCGCUCCUGUGGCGGAUAGCCCCGCGGCCUCCCAACUCUGCUCAGAUGUAUAAUUUUACCAGCUUUGCCAUGGUCUUGAAUGAGGUAGACAAGGAGAUGGAGACCGUGAUUCCCAAGACUGACUGCAGGCUGCGGCCUGACAUCAGAGCCAUGGAGAACGGAGAGAUAGAUCAAGCUAGUGAAGAAAAAAAACGACUCGAGGAAAAACAAAGAGCAGCCCGCAAAAACAGGUCCAAGUCAGAAGAGGACUGGAAGACAAGGUGGUUUCAUCAAGGCCCUAACCCCUACAGUGGAGCACAGGACUGGAUUUAUUCUGGCAGCUACUGGGACAGAAACUACUUCAAUUUGCCUGAUAUUUAUUAAAGUGCAGAGAAGUCCAGGUGUUUGCUAAUCUAAGUCUUAAGCUUAAGUUUUUAAAUGUUUUCCCUUGGUUCCUACUCCUCUAUAAUCUGCAUUUCACCCAAUAAGGCAAGGCAUAUGGUCACUGGGGAUGGCCUGAGAGGGAAGGAGGCAUCAGUGCCUCACAGUCGCUCACUCAGAGCACUGCUCAUGGGAGGGGAGAAGCUGUUGGGGUGCUGUUUCUGUCCCCACAUUGCUGGAGAUGGAAACCUAGAAUAAUCAGCUCUGUGGGAUUCUAUAGUGAUCCAAAAAUCAAGCUAUUUUGAAUAUUUUUAUCUUAUAACGCUUGAGUAUUUUAGGUGUAACUUUGAAAUGUUUAGAAUUCUUCUGUACAAUGUUAUGUGCUCAAAUGUAGAGAUUAUUUUACAAAAACUAAAUUGGUAAGAUGGCCUUUUGGGGAAUUAAUCCUCUUGGUUUUACUUUCCCACCUCCUAGAGUGGGGGCAGAAUUCCUGAUCCGAAAAUUCUAAACCAGAGCAGGUAUUUACUUCUCUUAGCACUCUGGAUUUACGUUCACAUUUGUGAUCAGUCAUUAGACUUUUUCAGUUCAAACAUAAAAUCACAAAAAUGCCCUAAAAUAGAUUUUAAUCAAUAUCACUAUCUAAUGACAAACCUUUAGCCUCAACUUCCAGUGGCAAAUGCCACAGAGAAAUUAAGCUGCACUCAUGUAUUAUAGGUAAGAGAAGGCCUUGUGCAUUCUGAGUUUGCAAGGUACUGGAGACCUGCUGUACAGUAGCUUUUCCCCAUUAAUUGGGGUGAUCUCAUAGUAACCUAACCCGACUGACGUACUUGCCCUAAAGGGCCUUAGGGAGCUUCCAGUAAGUUAUGUUAAUUGUCUUGGAGUUAACAAGUGUUAUGAUGCUAAAUAAAGGCUUUAGAAUAUCAAAAAA